AUGGAGGGGGAGGCGGCGGCGGCGGCGGCUGAGGCCUGUGCCCUCGUGCCUGCAUCUCAGUCCUGGGGACUGCUGGAGCAAGAGCGGGCCGCCCUGCGGCAGGACAUGGAGGACGCCAUGGGUAAGGCGCAGAGCCAUCAUCCCGGCCUACAGCAGCAUGUCAGGAAGAACUUCGUGUGCAUAGCGGCACUGCCAGACAGCGGGCGACAGGACCUAGGCUGUGGGGUGGGGCUGGCGGCAGCCCUGGGGUCACAGCAGCAAGCUGAAGGCUCUGGGGAAGAACCAGAGCAGAUAAGUUUCCAGGAGAGUAACUGCACAAAGAUUAUCAGCAAGCGCCUGGCCCGUGUGGACUGGCAGAGGCAGAAGAGGCAGGAGAAGAGAGAUGUCAUGAGGAGCCCACCGGCCAGGAAGCUGACAGCACACUCACCGUGGCUCCGGGGCGGCGGCGUUCUGCGGGGCGGGGGCUCGGGCCGACUCCGCUCCUCUCCCCCCAAGCGGUGUCCCAGGCUCCGGCCUCCACUUCCGCCUUUCAGCGGCUCCGGAUCCGGAUCUCCACCUUCGCCCCGCCCCUCCACGCUCCCGGGUGACUGGCAGGACACAGAGACCAAUAGAAGACCCCCUUUGCCGCCCCGCGAGCCGCGCCAGCGGGGACACGCGAGAGGCGGGACUGAGCGCGCAGGGCGUGACGGGAGUUGUAGUCCGAGGGGCGGGGCCCCGGCGGAGCCCGGGGGCGGGGGAGUCGGCAACGCCCGGCGGGUGUUCGCACUGCGGGAGGGGCCCGCUCGGUGCUCUCCGGCCCAGUCCACGCCGUUGGCAGGUACUGAGGACGCCGGCAAAGCAGUGACAGGCGUCCAGAAGACCGGUGAGCCCUACCCGGACCCCUGGGACCCGUCCCACCCUAACCCGUCCGGAGCCGAGAGCCACCCUACUCUCCGCUGCCGGCGACGCCGUCUUGCGCCCUCCACUCCUGCUGGAGACCAGAACCACGCCUCCCAACGCGAACGCCGGUACCUGCUCUCGCCUCCGUGGACCCUACCGAAAACCUGCAUGCAGAGCCGGGCGUGGUGGUGCACACCUGUGAGCCCAGCCCCAGUGAGGCUGAGGCAGGAGGAUGGUUACAAGUGGAAGACCAGCCUGGGCUACAAAGUGAACUCAAGGCCAGCCUGAGCUGCAUGGC